CAGCGCUGGCGUGGCGGUUCACAACGCUCGCCUCAACAUCUAUGGUGCGCCGGUCGUGCGUCCGAUGGAGCCACAAACUGCGGUCGCUGGCGAGACUUUCGUGGUUACUUGCCCCGUUGGCGGAUAUCCUUAUGAGAAAAUUACGUGGCAGAAAGAUGGCGUGAGUCUGCCAUCUGACCACCGUCAGCGAGUGCACAGUAACGGCACGCUGUCAGUGUCAGCUGUCUCGCGCCUGGCUGACGAAGGCCGUUACGCAUGCACGGUGCGUGACAGACAAGGGACGUCGGGCGUUUUAGCGGGCGACCGCGUGAUGGUAGGCUGUUACGUGAACAAGGGCGACCCGCCCAUCCAAAUAUCAUGGGACAAGGAUGGCGUAGCUCUGCACCACAAUAACCUCGCCGGGGUCACAGUGCAAGACAAGGGAGAGUUCUGGAGUGUCCUGGAGCUGGCACCCAUAGAGAUCACCCAUGCUGGAGUGUAUACCUGCACUGCUAGGAACCAUUGGGCUUCGCAAUCCAGAAAUGCAACUUUGAUAGUCAAUGUUCCCCCUCGACUCGCACCAAUAGUUUUCACGGGCGGCAACAGGGCCGGCCAGAGGGUACAAGCAAUCUGUUCUUUGGAGGAGGGAGAUCCUCCAAUAACCAUGCGCUGGCUCAAGAACGGCAUCCAUCUUUUGGAAUCCAAUGAAGAUCUCCACAUCUCGCAAGCUAACGAUUUCACCACGAUCCUUGUGAUCAAGAAGACCAGGGAAGACAGUUCCGGCAACUACUCUUGCUCAGCCGGCAACUCCGCAAGAACUGCAGUAGUCUACACAGCUCUUACCAUAAGUGUCCCCCCAACAUGGGUGAUUGAGCCCAUGGACGCAACAGUUCCCCUCGGGGAGUCUCUGAGCGUGGCGUGCAGUGCUCACGGCUUCCCUCAACCCACCGUCACUUGGCGCAGGAAAGCUGCGUCAGGCGAGUGGAGCGCAGACUUCCGUGGAGGCGCAGUGUGGCGCGGCCACGGCGGUAACGCGACCCUGUCCCUGCCGCGCGCGGCCCUCGCGCACGAAGGUCGCUACCUCUGCCAAGCUACCAACGACGUCGGUGCCGGUCUCUCCAAGAUUAUUUCAGUUACCGUUGAUGGUGAGCUUAGCAGGCACGGCGCGCAGGCCGAAGACUCAGGACCACGCGAGGCCGCGUCCGUGUUCACCGUAAGCGACGCCCGCCCGGACGACGCCGGCCUCUACAUCUGCGAGGCCUCCAACGCUCACGGCACCCGCACGGCAGACUUCAGCCUACAUGUUAUGGACGUGCCCGCUGCCCCCGUGGGGUUGUCGGUGGCGGGGGAAGGCUCCCGUCAUGUGGCCCUGCAAUGGGUGGCGCCUACAUCACCCACGGGGGAGCAGGCCAUCAUCACUGCAUACAGAGUGUCAUACUCCACUGAUGAAGGUUUUAAUGGACACGUGCGAGUGGAUGCACCACUUGCGAGGGUAGAAGGUUUACUGCCAGCGACGGUCUACAGGUUCAGUGUCGUGGCUGAGAACAGAGUGGGUAGCAGCCAGGCAUCCCUGCCUGUCAUCCAUAAAACCUUGCAGGAAAAACCAUCGGGAUUCCCAAGGAGCGUCAAGAUUGUAAGCGCGACAGCCAAUAGCUUCAGGUUGACUUGGUUGCCUCCUCUGCCUAACGCAACCCACGGUACCUUGCUUGGCUACCAUCUGGGCAUCAGGCUUAACAGUUUGAGCAGGCGAGACGACGUCUCAUCCUACAGCUUCCUUACCAUCAAGCUUGCGGAUGGCGAAGAAGCGUCCGCGGGGGCGGUUGAGUACUCGGCCAAGCAGCUCACCUCGCUUGUGGAUGAGAUGCCCAGCAUGCCGACAGCCCUCGCAGGGAACAUCUCAGUGGACGAUGUAGGCUCGACAGGCGGGCUGAUGGAGGCCACAGUGAGAGGCCUGGAGCCGUUCACCAGCUACGCGGUCCUGCUGAGGCCCUUCAAUGCCAUGGGACUAGGGCCUCCAUCACCCCCUGUCACCGCCACCACCGCUGAGGACAAACCCUCGUCGCCGCCGUCCCACGUGACAUGUGACGGCGUGACAGCGUCGUCGCUGCUGGUGUCCUGGUCGCCGCCCACGCACGGCGCCAACGGCGUCAUCACGAGCUACAGGAUCGUGUACCGGCGGCUCAUGGAUGCGCAAAGUGACGCAUUGGUGAACCUACCAUUAUCUCCGGCCACAUCACCGACCAUUGGUCACCAUUACCUCAGCAUUGGUACCAACGGGUACUCUGGUACUGACAGCAGUGCAGGUGGUGUGAUGGUCAUCACAGAGGGACUAAUGGCAAGGCUGGUGUCACUAAAGGCAUACAGUAACUACUCAGUGGCAGUGGCAGCGGCCACUGCCAUCGGCACAGGAGUAAUGAGUGAACCUCUUAUCUGCACUACUGAACAAGAUGACAACAGCGAAUCUUCCCCCGUCGUGGAGGCCCACACGAAGGGUCGGCCCCCGGAACCUCCCCCGCAGUUCCAGUUCAUCACAACGAACAGCACCCAAGCCACCCUCUACCUCACCCAGUGGGAGAACGGGGGCUGUCCCAUCACACACUUUAGGGUGCAGUACCGCAAGCACCGGGUGAACGACUGGACCACGGUUAGCAAUUCAGUUCCGGUGCAUCGCACCUACGCGGUGUCGAACCUGGAGCCCGGGCAACAAUACGAAGUGCGGGUGACCGCACACAACUCUGCGGGUGCCACCCCUGCCACCUAUAGCGUGGCCACCCCACUGCUGCACGGUGCCGUGAAGGCAGGCGUGUGGUCGGUGGGUGGUACAGUGGGUGUGGCGUGGAAGCAAGACGUGAGGCUACCGUGUCGGGUGACUGGGGAACCCAAGCCCACUACCACCUGGACCCAUCGCGCUGGUCCAGUCCACUUCGACAGCCGCACGUCUGUGGUUGACGACUUCUUACGGCUGCUGGACGUACAGCGCAGCAGCGCCGGGCGCUACGAGUGCACCGCAGUCAACGAGCAUGGCUCCGACUCUGUCGUAUACGACCUCAGGGUGCUCAAGCCACAGGUGGCGACACGAAGGAGGUGCGAGUGGCAGACGAGAGCCACACGGUGUCAGGCCUCAAGUGUGGCUCUCUGUAUCACUUCUUCGCCACCGCGCGCAAUGCUAUCGACAACAGCGAAUCUUCCCCCGUCGUGGAGGCCCACACGAAGGGGCGGCCCCCAGAACCUCCCCCGCAGUUCCAGUUCAUCACAACGAACAGCACCCAAGCCACCCUUUACCUCACCCAGUGGGAGAACGGGGGCUGUCCCAUCACACACUUUAGGGUGCAGUACCGCAAGCACCGGGUGAACGACUGGACCACGGUUAGCAAUUCAGUUCCGGUGCAUCGCACCUACGCGGUGUCGAACCUGGAGCCCGGGCAACAAUACGAAGUGCGGGUGACCGCACACAACUCUGCGGGUGCCACCCCUGCCACCUAUAGCGUGGCCACCCCACUGCUGCACGGUGCCGGUGACCAGCGCACUCCAUGUGGGAUGAUAGCGCCAAUUGACAGCGGCUGGGACGCCGGGGUGAUGAGUGAUGUCACCACAAACGAGUCGUUGUGGGAGGACCCACGGGUGAUGGUGCCGGCAGUGGUGUCGGCCACGGCCCUCAUCUUCACAGUCAUCACACUCUGCGUCUGCACUAGAAGAAGCAAACCUCGGGAGGAGGCAGCGGCGGAGCCUAAGAAGUCCCUGCCUGAGGUCGAGCGGGCGACGCUCGUCAAGCAAAAGCCGCCCGUGAGAACCUUGUCUCCUGAGCCCCAGAACCUGGCGCCUGCAAGUCCUGGCGAAGCGAUGGAUGAAGACGUGUACCACUACGCCUCCUCCAGCUAUCAGUUCGGGCGGAUGAGUCCACCACCACCUGCACCAUCCUCCCCAAUCCGCGGUUACCCUCAACCAUCAAAUACCACACCACCUACACGCCGGGUCGACAAGUACCAAUCUCCGCAGUACCACCCGAACUUCCCAAAAGAUUCCAGCAACUACCAAAAGUUUGCUCACUCUGAAACUCCUGACGUGACGUUCCAGAACCCAGGCACACCGUCACGCCAGAUUCGUCUUCUGCAGCAAACGCCUGCAGAGGGCAGUCGGUAUACCAAGCAGGUGAUGGGGAUGACGAAGAACGCUGCCCAGCAACAGGGGUUCAUGGCUGUUGUUUACCAGGCGCCUUCCCUGCACGAUGUUGAUGGUGCGAAUAAUAUGAACCGCUGUGGCUCGUACGAAACCCUGUCCCAGCGAACCACUGACGGUGACUCAGACUACGGCUCUGUGUUACCAUCUGGUUUGAUAGCGGACAGGACGUUGCCUUUGUAUCAGCAUUAUCGUCAGCCCAGGCAUAAGCUGCCUAAGCAAUCCAAUUCUCAGGACCCCGAAACCAAUAUAAAUGAGCACUGCCUCUACGACAAGCAGGCCGAGCAACAAUUGUACCAGAAACAUCAGUUAUCGAAAACCAAAGGCAGACUCGGUCAAAUGACCAACAAAAAUACCCCGAAACAAAGACCACAACAAGAACUACCCCGACAAGUGUGAAGUUAUUUGCCGAACGCAAAUUAAAUGUACAUUAUAUAUGUUAAGUGUAUUUUAUAACAGCGUCUGUAUUAUGAAAGUAACUUUUCUGCGCUUACAUAUAUAUAGUAGUAUAUCAAAUUUACUCUAUAUUGAGAAAUAAGAUAAUUCAAUCUCAUUGUAUGUAUCGUGCCCUAUGAAUAAAGAUUUAAUCUCAUAAUACAGUGUAAAUCUGGUAAUUAGCUGAGGAAAAAAUCAAUUACAUGCGGAACUAAUCAGUGGAUAUGUUAAAUGGUGUGAGCCGAGAACAAGAUUUUGCCCGUUUGACUUAUAUGAAUAAAGUGAAAAUUUUUCUUUUGAACUUCACGUAUUCUCUGAAAAAAUACAUGGAAACUUUUAAAUUUUUCAAUUGAUGAUGUAUUUUUUCAAUGAUAAAGGUUUCCUCGAACUUAGUAUCAUUAAAAUAACAUCUUAUUUACUAUUAUUAUACUCCGCCUUCGGACAAAGAUCUGCAUUAAACUCUGUUUAUGUCGGAAUGUGUUA